AGCUUCAAACCAUAGGUGCACAGGACGCUCACUUCGUGACUGCAACGCACUACGCAGAAAGAUGCCUUUCAAUUAUAUUUGAUACAUUCAGUAUCGACAGUGUUAAUUAGGUUGACAUUGAAUGGAACCAAAGAUGAACACCUCGAGAAGAAGCGAAAGUGACUGGCAAGGACUGGUAAACGAAUUCUUGGUAUGCAAGCGUAAGCUGGAGAGCAAAAAGGAGGCGUUACUGAUUUUAUCUAAAGAGCUGGACACAUGUCAGCAGGAAAGGGACCAGUACAAGCUGAUGGCCAACCAGCUUCGAGAAAGGCACCAAGGCCUGAAGAAGAAAUACCGUGAGCUCAUAGAUGGUGACCCCACUCUGCCACCUGAGAAGCGAAAUCAGGUGAACCUGGCCCAGCUGCUGAGGGACUCCCGAGAGCGGAGUGGCAAACUCUCGGAGGAGGUGAAGGAGCUUCAGCAGCGGCUGGCCGAGGUGCAGGGCGACAACAAGCUGCUGAGAAUGACCAUUGCCAAACAGAGACUAGGGGAUGAGGAGGUGGGAGCACGCCAUUUUCCAGCACAUGAACGGGAGGACCUGGUUCAGCAGCUAGAGAAAGCUCGGGAACAGAACGAGGAGUUGGAGCAUAGUCUGAAGGCGGCCGCAGAUGAGCUGCAGGACGUUCGAGCUGAGAGGGAUGUGUUCCAGGACAAGGCCCAUCGUCUCAACCUGGAGAUCAACCACAUCCUGGGCAGCCACGAAUCACGCAUCAUUGAUGUAGACGCUCUCUGUAUGGAGAACAGAUAUUUACAUGACCGCUUCAAGCAACUUCAAGAUGAGGUGAACUUGCUCAAAAGUAAUAUCAUGAAAUAUAAGAGUGCUUUAGAAAGCAGGAAGAACUGUAAAAUGUACAGCAGAAACAAUAGCAGUGCACUUACAGGAGUCCUUUCCGCCAAAGAAGUGCAAGAGCUGCUGCUGUCUGAGGACAAUGGCUGUAGCCUGCCGGUCACUCCCCAGUCCAUUUCUGACCUGAAGUCUUUGGCCACAGCACUGCUCGAGACCAUCCAUGAGAAGAACAUGGUCAUCCAGCACCAGCGACAAACUAACAAAAUCCUGGGAAACAGAGUGGCUGAACUGGAGAAGAAACUGAAGACUCUGGAGGUGUCUGGACUAUGGAGCCUGCCAGGACUCACAUACAACGUGUCAAUAGGACUCGGGAGAGCCAGGGAUACAAUUAUACUGAGUGACCCUCAGCCUCUGCAAUCCCCUACAGAGCAACCUGUUCUUAUCGAGAGAGGGAGACCCUCCACAGAUGUGCUGAGAGGUAGAGAGGAGCUUCCUACAGGUGUGACCACACAGGGGGAUGGCCCUGACGUGUGUAUGGACACCGGCCAGAGUGGCCGACUGCUGGGCUCUCUCUGCGCCCGCGCCAACGGACACCUGCAGCUCAACGUGGAGGUCCUGCACAGCUGCACAGACGUGACCAACGGAGACUGCGGUGAUGGCGAGUCACCGAGCGACCAGCUGGAGUGCGCGCAAGAGGCCGACGAGUGCGUGUUCAGCGACCUGUCUGAGGAGACGGCGGUGGACGAGGCGGACGAGGCCUCGUCCCCUGGGGCAGUCCCCGCACUCUGCAGCCCGCCGCAGCAUCUUGUUUUGCCCUCCUCCGUGUUCUCCAGAUCCUCCGCCACAGAAACUGAAUCGCAGUGUAAACAAACCGUGGACGCCGACCCACAGGACAGCUCUGCUGAUGGGAUGCCUAUGCAAGACAGUUCCCCGACUCUGGAGUCCAGCGAGGACUCGCCCAUGAAAACGGCUCCUGUUGAAGCAGAUGGUGACAGUGCAGUUCAGACACUUCAGAAGAGACUCCUGGAUGAACAUGAGGACGCCAACGAGGAACUGGCAGCGCCUGAGCAGGAAGAGUUCAUGUCUGAAAACAGUAGCGAAAAAGACUUGUGUACUGCGUAGUACAAUGCAUAGUGUACUGCGUAGGGUACGCGUAGGGUACUGCGUAGGGGUGCAUUUAAAUCAAACACAGAGGUAACAGGAGAACGUUAGAGGGCAGAAGGUUUAGAAAUGAGUAUAACUAACAGAGAUCAUCAGCAGCAUCAGUGGUUGUAAUGGAUGACUGAGCAAGGUUGAUAAACACAUUAAAACACAGCUGUCUCGCUCUGCCACCAACUUUUGCAUGGUCCAUUCUAUUACUGAGCUUGUUCCGAACCUAGAGACGUUUUGGUUGUCUGUUUUCUCUCUGAUGCCAGUAGCGUGUGAAUUGUGUCACCAGUUUUGCUAUGGCAUGCUUUUGAGCAGUUAGGACCAAAACCUUCCAGUGAAAUUACAGCCAGUAUCCUGAGUAGACUCUCCACAGAAUGCUGAAAUGCUGAUUGGCAAGCAGAGUGUGUCUGGUUGAACGUUAUGUAUGGGGAGAGUUAUGCUGCUGGGCAUCUGCAGUAGAUGCAGGUUAUGUUUACACAAUCUCAAAAUGGGGCUGCUGAUUUAAUGGGGUGGAACAUAUGAGAAAUACACACAAAAAUCACUACUGUAGUAUGCCACUAUGUAUGAAUGAGACUAGUAGCAGAAGACUAGAGCACUAAAACUGUUGAUGAUAAUAGACCAUAUUCCUUGGUGAAGGAUCUGGUGCUGUUGAUUGUAUCGAAAUGUGUCAGAAGUUUCAAAUGGUUCACUAACAGAAAUAUAUUGUCAUAUUUUAAUGAACUCAAAGCAUACUACUUGAGAAUCAACCUACUGUAACUGAACUGUAUCUGCUCGUAAAACAGUCUUUGUUUGCUGCUCGCUUCAAUACGAACCAAGUGAUCAUCUUUGGUGUUGUAGACUAUUUCAGAAGUUCAGCUACUUCAGCGUAAUGUGUAGGUCAUAGUAGUAUAUUUUGUGCAUCCUCUCAGAUACUCUCACAACAUUCCUAUGUACUUGUAUCAAUGAAAACACUGGGUGCAUACUACAUAUUCUUCAGUCUGAUAGACUGAAGGGAUAGUGAAAAAACAUUGUUGAUUUAGUGAUAUGCAUGCCUGCAUAUAAUCUACUGUCCAAAGUGAGCCAUUCAGUCAUUUGUGUUUUUAAAAAAAAUAAAUUAUGUUUAAAAGCC